AUGUCCGGCGAUGGUUCGCGGAAGCUUCGCUACAAGAACUCUGCUCUCAAGCCGGAAGAGCUGCGUCGUCGUCGAGAAGAAGAAGGUGUCCAGUUGCGGAAACAGAAACGGGAAGAGCAGUUGGCCAAGAAGCGAAAUGUCAACACAGAUCAAGAAGAAGACACUUCAGUGACGGAAGGUAUUUCUGUAUCUCCGGGGCAGCUUGAGAACAAGAUUGUGUCGGAAAUCCUGCCUGCUUUGAACUCCGACGACGUCCAAACGCAGAUCGAAGGGACGCGGAAGUUGAGAAAACUUCUUAGUCUGGAGCCGAAUCCGCCUAUUAACGAAGUGGUGCAAGCUGGAGCCGUCGGGAAACUCGUCGAAUUUCUCGGUAGAGAUGACUGCGAAACAUUACAGUUUGAAGCUUCAUGGUCACUGACAAAUAUUGCGUCGGGCAAUUCGCAACAAACCCGAGUUGUGGUCGAAUCAGGAGCUGUGCCGUUUUUUAUUCGUCAUUUGAACUUUUCACCGCACCCGGAGGUACAGGAACAGGCGAUUUGGGCUCUUGGGAACAUAGCUGGUGAUUCUGCAGAAUGUAGAGACUUGCGAGAACUGGUUCCUCGAUACGGGAGAGAAGAGUCCAUAAAUGACUUGCGACUGUCGAUGACGAGAAACGCUGUGUGGGCAAUUUCAAAUCUUUGCCGAGGAAAAUCACCACCUGCACCUUUUGAUAAAGUCGCUCAGUGUUUGCCGAUUUUGGCUCGGCUGCUGUUCAGUCCAGACCGGGAAACCUUAGCGGAUGUAUGCUGGGCCUUGUCCUACCUUUGCGACGGGCCGAACGAGAAAAUCCAAGCUGUUAUUGAUGCUGGGGUUUGUCGCCGACUCGUCGACCUUCUAAUGUAUGUCGAAAUUGCUGUGGCCCUCUUGACCAGAUUCCAAACGAACACAAAAGCACAUGUCCGUGCUAAGCGGCUUGCACCACAGUCGACGAAAUUCUUCGGACCCUUUGUAGCACUGACCGCUGCUGCACAGCCUUGUUUGCCUCGUUUGCAUCUCUUGAAUACUUGCCAUUGCAUUCCGCAGAGUGUGAUAGACGCCAGUGUUUUCCCAGUGCUAAUUGAAAUUUUAUCAAGCGGUGAUUUCCGCACCAAAAAAGAAGCGAUAUGGGCUAUUACAAAUGCGACUUCCGGAGGAACUCCGGAACAAAUUAUUUACCUAGUCGAGAUGGUGAGAUGGAUCCCUGUGAACAUUUUAAACUUUGAAUAUCUGGGGGCUGAAGAAAAGCUUGGUCUGAUUUUCCAGGGAUGCGUACCGCCUAUGUGCGAUUUGCUAGCGGUUAAUGACGCCAAAAUCGUCGAAGUAGCUUUGCACGGAUUGGAGAAUAUUCUCAAAAUCGGCGAACGCGACGCAACGCGAGCAGAUUACCACGGAAAUCCCUUCACUGGGCUGAUUGAAGAGUGCUAUGGUCUGGAGAAAAUUGAGUACUUACAAAGCCACGAAAACGAGGAGAUUUACAAGCGCGUGUACAGGAUAAUCAGUAAUUACUUCCACGGCGGUGACGACGAAGUAGACCUGGACCCGUCGACCAUGCCUUCUAGCACUACCGGAGGAACGCAAGAAAGCCAUUUCUCGUUUUGA